AUGAAUGGAGAAAAACUUCUGCACAUCAAUGAAAAGCUUACUCUUCGUUUAGAAAAAAUCUCCGUACUCGCCAAAAACUUCGUUGUAUCAAGUCUUCAUGGCACCAACCAAGUGGAUAAAGUAGUAGUUGGCAGAGAAGUGGAAAAGAACAUUUAUCGUGAUCAAAGUCAGAUGGCAGCGGUAUCUGUGACGGAAAAAGACGGAAAUGUGGAAGUGAGCGGGUCUUUGGGCACCACACUGAGGAUUGUACCUCUGCCACUGAUGGGGCGAUCUGCAGAUGGACAGAUUGCGCACAGAGUGUUCGAAAUCGAAGAGCCGGCGGAAUUCAAGACCGAUUAUAUAGUCCCAACGGAGCGAUAUAACUGGAGAAGACCACCAAUCCGACCCCAAGUACGAAUCCCCAACGUUUUCGAGGUCGAGGUGUUUUUUAUUUUCACUGAAGACCACCACAAGCAGUUUCUAAAUGAACAACAGCUAUUACAAUAUGCAGCGCUAAGUGUUGAGAUGGUGAACCUGCGAUACCACGAUACUUCGAUUCCGAGAAUUCGCUUUGUUCUGGUUGGUAUUAUGAUGCUGGAAAAGUGGAACUCCAUUAUGCAAACAAUAGAAGCUGCAGAUGACUUGAGGCCCCAAACACACCGAAAAAGAUAUAUGCUCUCUGGGAACACGCUGACUAAUCUAGCAGAUGCUGUUCAAACGGGACACGUCAAAGUUGUGGCAGACCUGGUCGUCUUGAUUACAUCGCUGGACCUCGCAGAUAUUGAAAGUGGAAAACUUUCCAACGAGGUCGUGGGUCUUGCCUACCUCGGGGGACUCUGCACUAUCCAUAUGCGUGUUGCCCAAUCCGAAGACACGCCUCAUACGCACAGUAUGGUCCCCAUUUUGGUGCACGAACUCGGGCACUCCCUUGGCAUGGUCCAUGAUGGGGACAAACCAAAAUAUAGCACUCCUGGAAACGAGCGUCAAGUAUGCUCCGCAAGUGACGGCUUCAUAAUGGCACCUGUUGCACACGGCCCGCGGAAUGGACAGUGGUCCCGCUGUUCCUUGGACCAGGUUCGUGGUUUUGUCAGGACUCUAAAACAAGCCUGCUUCGAUCUACUCUCAUCAAGGCACUACUCGAUAAACAUGACGGUACUUCCGGGAGAAGGAAUGACAAAGCUACAAUUGUGUGAAAGAACCUACCCAGGCUUCACGGGAAUCCGCGUCCACCCCGAUUUUGAAAACUCCCGAGACUGUGUGAUAUGGUGCUGCUUUAGAGAUUACAAAAAAUGCCUACAAGCUGCUCUUACGGAUGGAAUGCAAUGUAUAUACGGAUAUCACUGCGUGAAGCACCGAUGCAUUAGGAAGUCUAAGCACUAUCCAUCUAGUGGCCAGCGCCGCCGAUAG